GUUUUGUGAGUUUCUUGGAUGGGAAGCUUCGGGCUUCAAAUACCCGGCUCGAGAUGAUUAAUUUCAGUAAUAAUUCUUACAAGAAUCUCGAAGAAGAAGAAGAAUUAUUCUGUCAUUUUCGCCAUGAUAAUGAUGACUACAUAAUUAAUAAUAUGAAUAGUAAUCCGGGUUUGGAUAAUUCCGGCUUUGUAACACCAUUGCAACAAGUGGUACGUUACGACCGCCACCACCCAAACGUGAUUCUUGAUAAUCCGAUCAACUACUACGGCGGCGGCGCCGGGGUAUGUUAUAUUGAUGAAAACCCAAACCCACAGUAUCCGGCGGCGGUUGGAUACAGACAGCCGCCACAACAAGUAAAUUACUUUGGAUUGUACGGACAGUCACAAUUGGCAGCUCAGUACUAUAUGGACCGGACGACCGCAGUAGCGGCGGCGCCGUACAUGGGCGGUGGAGAUUUGCCCCCUCUGCCACCUUCUUUCUAUUUGCAGGUGAACGAGCUGAAAAGCACGUGCAUGCUUCCGGCGGUGGCAGCUGCUUUUGUGGGCGGCGGCGACGGGUUUACCGAUUUCGGGUCCUCGGGAACUUAUUAUUUGGAGGAUGUGGAGGAUCAAAGGGAGGAGAUGGCAUCCGGACUACCUCCAGCAGUGGCCGGUUGCGGUGGUUUGCCGGAGUUGAAAGCUUAUCAAGAGGAACCCGCCGGAAAUAGUAGUAAUGGUUUUAACCGUUAUUAUAAUUUCACCAAUCACAUAAAGAGGUGCUAGUGAUUUGAUUACUAGGAUAAGUUUUUCUUAAUAUUUAACUUUAUUUAUAGCAUCAAGUUAUAUUUAGUAAUGCACAUGUAAUAUUACAUUGAGAUACUUUUAGUUUGUAAUUUCUUUAAAAAUGUUAGUUUUGUAUUUGAAAAUGACAAUUUCUUAGUUGCUUCCUUGUUUUGGGAGAAAAUUAUCAAAUAAG